AUGCGACGAUCACAAAAUGGAGAAUAUUUCAAACUCCAAGCGCGUAAUUCUGAUUGGGAGAGUGCCAUUUGGAUUGCGCAGCUGAAUCGCAUUCCACUGGCACCGGGACAGAUUGUCACAACUGUUUUGACGGCAACGGCAGCAGCUAUCGGCGCCGCUGGCAUUCCAUCAGCAGGCCUGGUUACCAUGAUUAUUGUUCUCCAAGCUGUAAAUCUUCCCACUGAGGACAUUGGUCUUAUUCUAGCUAUUGACUGGUUCCUGGACCGUUUCCGCACAUGCGUCAAUGUCAUGGGUGACGCCCUUGGUACGGGAAUUGUGGACCACCUAUCACGUGACGACAUCAAAUUCGCAGAUCAGCUGGACACAAACGAGGACACACCGCUGAAGCAUAACGGCGGCGCACUGGAAGAAGAAGACGAGGAAGACGACCCCAUGAAAAUGACCAGCGUUUAGGAUGAAGUUGUCAAAACGCCUUCGUCUUAACCCUCGAUAAAGAAAGCUUAAGCAUUAGCCAUUUCUUUGUAUGUAAAUAUAGCGUCUGAGCAACUUUUGGUAAAGAUGAUUUUCUGCUAUUGUAACUUCAGUGAAAGUAUUGGUCCUUUUUUCAAGUUUAUUUAAAGAACGAACACGAACAAACACUGGUAUGCAUUCAAUUGAAUAAUUUUUCUCUUAAACAAAAUAAUCGAUUGAUAGAUUAGAAGCAUAAAAACCCUGUAAUAAAAAGUCAAA